CACAGUGAAUGAACAAAACGACACGUUUUUCCUUAGCGUCGCAUAGUUCAUUCAUAUAAAACCCUAAUUUAACGCUCCAAUUUGUUUAGAGAGUGAGGGAAAGAUGAUGAGAUCAAUGGACUUGUUCGGAGAGAUGGACGAGCAGGUAUCGUCGAUGGCAAUGGACGUGGACGACGUCGACCCUCUCGAGAUCUUCGCCGAGGGCGUCAUCGCCGCCGACAACAAACUCGCCGACGCCGAUUUCUUCAACAAUUUCCAAGACGAUUUCGAUGACUCUGAUAUCAACUAAAACCCCUUUCUUCUUCAUGGGUAUUCUCGGGGUUAAAUAAUUUCUCGGUUAGGGUUUCGGUAUUUUGUAGUUUCCUCUUCAUUAUGGAGAAGGAAAUAGAAAAAGGAAAACAGGUUGUACUUUGUUUCUGGGAUUUUCUUGUUGAUAUGAUAAUGGCUCUUUCGUGAUGAACCACAUUAUCUUCUGCAAUUUAUUUUAUGAGUUGUUUUACUUUUUGUGAUUUAAUGGAUUUUUUAUAUUCGUGCU